AUGGAGAAUAUUACGAUGAAAAACGCUGAGCUACAAGAAGAAGAAGAAGAAAUAUCCGAUAAGUUUCUCUGCUGCGUCUGCCUGGAACUUCUUUACAAGCCGAUUGUGCUAUCAUGCGGUCACCUAUCGUGUUUCUGGUGCGUACAUGAGUCCAUGAAUGACCUGCGUGAGUCUCAUUGUCCGAUAUGUAGAGACCCUUAUGUUCACUUUCCAGCUGUUUGCCAAAAGCUUCAUUUCUUGCUGAAGAAGCUAUACCCACUUUCUCAUAACAAGAGACAAGAACAUGUUCUACAGUGGGAACAAGAACUAGAUUGUUUCUCUCCUCAGAUGGAUGACUCAAAGGCUAAGGAUGAUUCUCGAGGUUCUCUAUUUGUCUCUGGUCAUUCUAACCGCACAUCAGACUCUCUUUUCUUCCGCAGUCUUUUGCAUUCUAGUGAACUGUUCAAUGUUUACUAUCUGUUGUAUUUAGAUGAAGAGAAGGUGGAAGCUUGCUCUAGUCCCGCAAAGUUAGUACCCAGCAAUGAAGAACCCAAAGAUGCAAAAACAGUUGACAUUCAUGAGAAUGACUUAGUUAAAAAUGGCAAAGUCAGUAAACAUAUUUCAAAAGAUGAUUUGCUCUGUCCAGCAUGUAAGGAGCUGCUUGUCCGACCCGUGGCUCUCAAUUGCGGACAUGUAUAUUGCGAAGGUUGUGUAGUAGAUAUGAUGGAUCAAGAAAGCAAUAAGAUUAAAUGUAAGGAGUGUCAUGUUUGUGACCCGAGAAGAUUUCUCAAAGUUUGUUGGGGUCUUGAGCAGUUUUUGGAGGAAAACUUUCCAGAAGAAUACAAUUCAAGAAAAAGUGGGAUUCAGAAAACGUUUGCAAACAUUCAAAGCUAUCACAACCAAGGCACAUCCUCAUCAGAAGAAAACAACAACAAUAAUCCUCCUUGGUGGGCAAGCCCUGCUUCUAAUGUUCACGUCGGAACUGGUUGUGAUUCUUGCGGAGUGUAUCCUAUCAUAGGGGAUCGAUACAGCUGCAAAGACUGCAAGGAGGAAGUUGGUUAUGACCUUUGCAAAGACUGUUACGAGAAUCCUUCAAAGGUUCCAGGAAGAUUCAACCAGCAACACACUUCAGACCACACGUUUGAGCUCGCUGAGCCCAAUGAAAGCGAGAGUGAAGAAGAAGAUAGUGAUGAGAACGAGGAAGGGCCAGUUUAAUGAAUGAUAAGACGGUGUGAUUUUCCUCGGAAGGGUGUGGAAAAAUAGGGGACCUAAACAAAAAUAUAUUUAUCUUUUUUGAAAACAUUUAUAGUAUUUUUACUAAAUUUUUUUAACAAAAAUAUAAUUCCAAUUAUUUGUUUUUUUUUUAAGAGAAAUAAAGUAACUUAACAUUAUGGAAAUAAUAUUUUACUUAUGUAAUUUUAUUUUAUCCUAGAUAUGC